AUGGCGGACGAYAAGAAGAAUUUUAUAUUUUUAGUUGUCCCUGUCGGUGUACUAGUUCACAUUGUAUAUUUAGUGUCUAUAUUUGAUAUAUAUUUUACUUCACCUCUUGUCCAUGGAAUGGAGCCGUUCAAAAGCUCACUUGAGCCGCCAGCGAAGAGAUUAGUGUUGUUUGUUGCCGAUGGUCUGAGGGCGGACAAGUUUUACGAGUUAAACGAGUUGGGUGUGACACGAUCUCCAUAUCUUCGUAAUAUCAUAGAAACUAAAGGAUCGUGGGGAGUCUCACAUACAAGAGUUCCAACUGAAUCACGUCCAGGUCAUGUGGCUCUGAUCGCUGGUUUUUACGAGGAUGUCAGUGCUGUCGCAAAAGGUUGGAAGGAAAACCCUGUGGAGUUUGACUCUGCAUUCAAUGAGAGURCUUAUACCUGGUCAUGGGGYAGUCCUGAUAUCUUACCGAUGUUUGCUAAAGGAGCCACAGGAAGUCAUGUAUUUACAUCAAUGUAUCCACCAGAAAUGGAGGACUUUGCRGAUACUGAUGCUUCAAAACUUGACCUUUGGGUGUUUGAAGAAGUGAAAAGAUUCUUUGAUAGAGCUAAGRAUGAUAARACUCUGUCUGAGAAGCUGUCAAAGGGAAAGAUUAUCUUUUUCCUUCAUUUGCUGGGUAUUGAUACUAAUGGACACGCCCACAGACCCACUUCAAAUGAAUAUCUUAAAAAUAUUGCAUUUGUUGACCAAGGRAUAAAACAAGUUGUUGAUAUAAUAGAUGGCUAUUAUAACCAUGAUGRGAGAACAGCUUAUGUUAUGACRKCWGACCAUGGUAUGACCAACUGGGGCUCUCAUGGUGCAGGCCACRCCCAYGAAACYYUGACACCCCUUAUAGCAUGGGGUGCAGGGGUACAAGGGCCAGCUUUAAGUCCAGAUGACAGUGCUGAGGACCAAGAAACAAGGGAUUGGAAAUUAUCACACUUGAAAAGAAAGGAUGUCAAUCAAGCUGAUAUAGCGCCGCUUAUGACAUCACUUAUUGGAGUGCCAUUUCCUCUGAACUCUGUUGGAAUUCUACCCACUGAAUACUUAAACAACACUGUUGAGUACACAGCUGAGAACCUGUUUACCAAUACCAGGCAGAUCCUGGCACAGUACCAAGUGAAGGAAGACUACAGAAGGAAGACAUCUUUGCUUUUUAGACCAUUCRCUCCRCUUAUAGGAUCAAAGCAAGUUGGAAUAGUGAGAGAUAUCAAGACUGCACUUCGUUUGGGUAACCAUGAGAAAGCCUCAUCGCUAAGUAGAGAACUAAUCGACCUUUCGUUAAAAGGCUUGAACUAUUACCAGAAUUAUGACAGAGUUUUUCUUAACAGCAUUGUGAGUCUUGGGUUUGUUGGAUGGAUAAUUUACAUUGUGCUGUGGAUUGUUCAAACCCAUACUGACAUUUUGGCUCACRGCRUUCCCAUGAAGACUUUUCUCCAAGAACGACAUAUUAAUGUUCUAUUUGUAGCGUUUGGACUGGUUGGAGUCUUACUUCUUGCAAUUCAGUCUGCUCCUUUGAUGUAUUAURUCUACUGCUCACUGCCAUUCUUGUUCUGGAAUCAUAUCAGUAAGAAGGCUGAUUUCUUUUGGUCAAUUUAUGGUUAUAUUGUUGCUCAAAGGGUUUUUAAGAGAUUGUUUCUCACGAUAAUCUUUGGAUUGUUGUCUUUGGAAACACUUGUCCUGAGCUUUUUUCAAAGAGAAAUCCUCUGCAUUGGAUUAUCAUUCUUUUCUCUGUGGAUUUUAUCUACCAAACUGAACUGUUAUACAACAAAGGCUUGCUGGAUGGUUAUGGCUGCCAUUGUUGCAGUUUUUCCAAUGUURCCUGUUGUAGGUCGAGAAGCAAACUACUCACUCGUGACGCUAGCAGGAAUGCUAUCUGUCAUAGCAUAUACAGCAUUCCUGUUGUACUGUAGUAACAUUUCUCUUGAGUUUAAAGCUGAAGCUCUGAAGUGUUCCAAGAUUUUAAUWUAUCAAUUUCUGUCAAUCAGUGUAGCURUAUACAAUGUCAAUACCACAGCAGCAAGCUUGAAGGAAAAGAGAGGCCUUCCUAUCAUAAACCAGAUCUCAAGCUGGAUAAUCCUACUAUCAGCAUUUAUAGUACCAGUCUUCAGCUCAAGGAAUUUAAUAUUACGUAUGACAAGUAUAGCACUUGGACUGAUAUCUGCCUAUUUACUGAUGAGCACCUCAUAUGAAGGACUGUUUCUUCUUGGGUURUCAUUGCUAGUGUCAUUAUGGGUAAUACUUGAACACAAACUAACAAAUGGUACACUGRAAAGCYUGUUAUCYAUAAAGAUUGGUGAAGAAMCUARCUCAAGUCCUUCCUGGAAAUUGCUUACCAAUGGUUUAAAUGAUACUUUGGUGAGGCCUUUAACCCUGGAAGACCUGCGAUGUUCUUAUUUUUUUGUUUUCUUUAUAAUAACAGCAUUUUUUGGUACAGGCAACAUAGCAAGUAUCAAUAGUUUUGAUCCAUCAUCUGUGUACUGUUUUCUGACAGUUUUCUCUCCAUUUAUGAUGGGUUCCUUAUUGCUUUGCAAAGUCUUCAUCCCAUUUGUCAUUGUUACCUCGGCCUUUGAUGCUAUCCAUGUCAUUCUACAAGUUCCUGUGUACAGUCUGUUCCUGGUAGUACUGGUAUUUACUGAUAUUAUGGGACUUCAUUUUUUCUUCCUGGUCAAGGACUAUGGUAGUUGGUUAGAGAUUGGAACUAGUAUUAGUCAUUAUGUGAUUAUGAUGACUUUUAUUAUAUUUUUAUUCCUUAUCUUUGGAUUAACAAGACUAUUUACCGGUGCAUCAAUUGCAUUGACUGACGAUAAAAAGAAAAGUUAAAGAUCUUAGACAUUUGAAUCGUAUUUUUUUGAACCAUCAGUUCUAGUAAUUCUUGUAAUAAUGAUGSAAAUAAAAAGUUUUUGCAUUA